UUAAAGGCCUUCAAGCCUAGAGAGAAAGCAAACAAAUAACAAAAAUAAUUAGUGUUUUUGGGACGAACCAAAAGAAAAUGGAUUUGUCGGAUUUAGAAUACAGCGAUGCGGGAGAAUCAGGUUGGACAAUGUACUUAGACCAUUCUUCUUCUGUUUCAUUCCAUCAUUUUGACGAUGCCAAUGGAGAAACAAACCAAGAACAUGAUCAAGAUUCUUCAAUGGUGUCGGAUGCAUCAUCCGGGCCUCCUUAUUACUCUAAAAAAGCAGUCCCUGAGGAUCCUCUCCAGCAAAACACACAAUAUUGGUGCAAGAGCACAAUCAAAAACAAGAAGAAAGCUCAUGAAGAACAAGGAUAUAUUGAACGAUUCAAUUCUUGCCUUGAUGACACAGCUUCUUCAUUGGCAAAAUAUGAAUUGGGCUUCCUACAACAAGCUUCCCCGGUAGAGAAAUUUGCAUCGGAUCAUCAAGGUUAUGAUGGCAGUAACCAGAUAAAGAGAAGAGGAUAA